AGACAUAAAAAAAAGUGUCGAGACAAAAAAUCAAUAGGUGUCCUUUCUCUUCCUAACAUGGCUCUCUCAUAAAGACUCAGUUUUUCUUGCCGACAACACCAUAAAACAGUGAUUAGAGGCAUGAAAGAAAGCUUAGAAAGGGUUUGAAAAUGGGAAGCACAAACCCCUUCAAUGAUAAUCUUUCCUCCUUCAAUAAGAAAUUUUUUCAUUUAACUCUUUAUUCAUUGCUUCCCAUAUCCCUUCUUUGUAUAUACUUGAUCCUUUUGUCCCUUACUCCUUUUGCACCAACUAAGCUUCUUCAUUCUACCACCAUUUCCACCUACCACUAUUCAUCUACUUACUCUUCUCCUCCUUCAACUUCUUUUGUAGGGAAGAACAAGGUUUAUGAUCAUGAGAAAUCAUGUGACUAUUCAAAUGGAGAUUGGGUUAGUGACAUGAGAGGCCCUUUAUACAAUGUCACCACAUGUGGUACAAUCAAAGAAAGUGAGAGAUGCAUCACAAAUGGUAGACCUGAUUUAGGUUAUCUUUAUUGGAGAUGGAAGCCAAGUGAGUGUAAUCUACCAAGGUUUGAACCAAACACUUUCCUCAAUCUCAUUAAGAACAAACAUAUAGCUUUUGUUGGAGAUUCUUUGGCUAGGAACCAAUUAGAGUCACUUCUUUGCAUGUUAUCGACUACUUCAACACCUAACCUUGUUUACCAAGAUGGCAAGUCCAAUAAAUUUCGUAAGUGGCACUUUCCUUCUCAUAAUGCUACCUUUUCUUUGUAUUGGUCCCCAUUUCUAGUGCAUGGUGUUGAAAGAUCAAAUGAAGGGAAUUAUUAUAAUACAAUGUUUUUGGAUCUUGUCAAUGAGAGGUGGGCAAAGGAUAUUGAUCAAAUGGACAUGAUUGUUGUAUCAACUGGCCAUUGGUUUUUGCUUCCUUCAAUUUACUAUGAGAGUGAUUUAGUUCUUGGUAGCUUGAAUUGUCCUGAGUUUAAUCAUACUCAAAUUGAUUUUUAUGUUCCAUUAAGAAAGGCUUUGAGGACUACCCUUAAUAGUAUAAUUGAGAGGAAAGUUGCUAAAGGAAAUAGAAUAGAUGUGAUUGUUAAAACAUUUUCACCUGCUCAUUUUGAAGGUGAUUGGGAUAAGGCUGGUACUUGUUCAAAGACUAAGCCUUAUAGAAAAGAGGAGAAGAUAGUUGGAGGAAUGGAUGGUGAGAUUAGAAGGAUUGAGAUAGAAGAAGUGGAAAGUGCCAAGACAAAAGCUAAUAAAUUUGAAGGUAUUAGAAUUGAGGUGUUGGAUGUAACUAAAUUGGCAUUAUUGAGACCAGAUGGUCAUCCAGGUCCUUACAUGAAUCCUUUUCCAUUUGCAAAUGGAGUUCCAAAAUAUGUACAAAAUGAUUGUGUUCAUUGGUGCUUGCCAGGACCUAUAGAUACUUGGAAUGAGAUUUUUGUAGAGAUGAUGAAGAGGUGGGAGUAACAUCCACAUAGAGAAGGGUGAUGCAUUUGUCAUUUAUACUUAUUAUAACUUUCUUUUAUUUAAAUAUUGCACUCAUUCAUGUGAUGUAUAUUGCAUUAUAAAUAAAAGAGAAUAUUUUUUAAUUUGGAGAUUUCAAUGGAAGAA